AUGGAGAGGUCAAGAGUUGCUCUCAUUGCGCUUAUUUUUUUACUGUUCCAUCAGACAAGAAUCUAUGGAGAAGAAGUGGAGAUGAAAGUCAGACCAGGAGACAACAUCACUCUCUACUGUGAUCGCUCUGUAACUUCUGGUUUCCUCAUUGUAUGGAUAAGAAACUGCUCUCAUGAAAAUCAACCCUCCCUCAUAAUAGAUUUUACCAAAUGGAAUCUGAAGAUAUUUCAGCGUUUCAGCUCUAUCUACAACCGCUACAGUAACUCUUAUGAUCUACAUAUUACUAACAUCAGUUUCUCUGUUCUGGGACUGUACUACUGUGCAGAACUAGAGAAUAAGGUAAAUAAAGAUGAAAAAGGCAUCAUCUCCUCAUCAGAGGUGUACUAUUAUGGAAACCGAACAACUCGUCUCUCUCUGGAAGUAUCUUCCUGUUCUGGACCCUUGAACACCACCUCCACACCACCUCUUGUAUCUGACUGUGUGCUCUGCUGGACGCUGCUGUUCAGUGUGUGUCCGGUGUGUGUUCUCCUCUUCUCCAUCUGUUUGUUCUGCCUCUGUUGUAAGAAAACUACAGAUGCUGUGACAGAUCAAAAAGACAAGUUAAAAGGUAGAAAUACAGCUGAGUGCAUGGAUGAAGAGGUGUGUUAUGCAUCUUUAGACGUGAUCACCAAGAGACAAAAACAACGCAAGGCAAAGCGAGUGCAGAGUUCUGACUUCAGUACUUAUGCUCAGGUCAGAACGUAAACUGAAUAGACCUAAAAUAGAACUGAGGUGGAUUCUAAAACUUUUCAAAUAUUAGAAAAGUUGCAGGUUUCAUUAUAACGUAACUUCACAUGUAAUCAUACAAGGUAGAGGUGUUUCUUCCAUUACAUAAAGUAAAUGGUAUGUUAUUGAAUACUUUAGAUUUUUUAUGAGCUGUAAAGUUGUUAGUCUGAUAUUUGGUUUAGUACAAGUUUUUCCCUCUCUCUAAUAAAAGUACUUUAGCACAGUCUUUGUGGACACACAGUGAUGACCUGAAUAACAGGAUGAAGAAGUGGGUUUCCUGUGUUUAGUGAAGUUUAGUUUAAUGUGUAUAUUUCUCUGAAACUGAAUGACUGCAACAUUUAUCUGAAUUUUACAAUGAGCCCAAUUUCCCCAAAACAUACUCCAUGCUGAGUAGGUUACUGUGUUUGGAAAACAACUUGUGACAUGUGAG